AUGGAGAAUUGGCUGAAAUCUGGGUCGAGUGUUAAGAGAAAACAGGAAUCUACUAACGAAGGUGAGGUUAAUCGUCCUUCUACUAAUAAAGACGUUAUAGUGCCUGAAACAUCAUCAAAUGUUGGAAAAGUGAAAAAGAUUUAUCGAAAAUAUUGUUCUGAAUACCUCCAAUAUGGAUUUACGUUCAUUGGUACCGAUGAAGAACCUCUACCUCAAUGUGUAAUUUGUUUUGAAACCUUGGCAAAUGAAAGUAUGAAGCCCUCAAAACUUCAAAGGCACAUUUCAACAAAACAUCCCGAACCCUUGAUAUAUUUUCAAAAGAAGAAAACAGAACUAUUUUCGACUCGGUCGAAUAUGGACAAUGUGUCGUUGGGGCAAGGUAAUAAAAAAAUUACCAUGGUCUCAUACCAGCUGUCAUUGCUAAUAGCAAAAACUGGCGCUCCUCACAAAGGUGAAAACCUUAUUUUGCCUGGGGCAAAAAUAAUUUCCUCACUUCUGCUUGACGAAAAAGCAGGUCAACAGAUAGGUAAAAUAUCGAAGGAAAUGUCUAUCAAUGUAAAGGAGAAUUUAAUAUCUGCUUUGAAAGAAAGUGAUUUUUAUUCUUUACAAUUGGAAGAAAGUACAGAUAUUGCUGACAAUGCUAAUUUAUUAUGUUUUGUAAGGUUUACUUUCAUUGGAGCAAUUGAAGAAGAAAUCUUAUUUUGUCAGUCACUAAAGACCAGUGCAACAGGCCAAGAUAUUUUUGACUCAUUGAAUAGUUUUAUCCACGAAAAUGGAAUAAAUUGGUCCAAAUGUGUAGUGCUAUGUCAGGAAAAUAUACAGGACUAG